AUGCCGGAACUGAAAGACAACCCAUUCCGCCAGAGGAUCGCUGAGGUUUUCUCAGAGGACAGAGAAGGAAACAUGACUCUGGAUGACUUCCUAAAUAAGUUGUCAUUGCUGAGUGAGAUGUCUCCACGAGACCUGAAGGCCUACUACACAUUUAAAAUAAAUCGACAGUCAGUGGACUUAAACAAUAACUUCCUGUGUAAGUCUGACCUGGAGAAGACCCACGAGCAGAUGGAGGACAAGGUGCGGAUGGUGUGUGAGAAGGUGAUCGACAAGGCUGACCUGGACAACGAUGGAAGGCUCUCGGAGGACUUCCAGCAGAUUGUCCGCACACCAGACUUCCUCAGUACCUUCCAUAGGAUAGGAUAUGAAGACUAA